AUGCUUACGCAGACAAUCACCAGAUGGGAAAAUCAAACCAAUUGCAAAGUGAAGAUUCUACGCUCAGAUAAUGGAGGUGAAUUUGAAUCAAAGGUUUUUGGUAAGUAUCUCGGUGACAAAGGUAUUGUGGCAGAGCGCUCACUCCCCUACCAUCAUUUUCAAAACGGCGCCGCUGAACGCUACAACAGAACAGUUGCAGAGAUGGGUAGAAGCAUCUUGUACAACAGCGAAUUAGGCAAAGAAUUUUGGGGAUACGCUUUCCUCUGGGCGGCUUGGACGUUGAACAGAAUCCCAAAUCGCAUCACCAAAGACAAAACUCCGUACGAAUUUUUCUUCAGUGACAAACCGCAACUGGAUUGGACAAGAGUUUUUGGUUUGAAAGCAUACAUCUUGGUAGCCCCUGAAAAACGGAAGAAGCUUGAUGAGCGCGCUGUCGAAGUUCUAGUCGUCGGGCACCUACCAGAAUCAAAAGGUUGGACGUUCUGGAUCCCUAAAACAAAGAAACUAGUCUCCUUGGCAUGGGCAGAUUUUGGACGGAAUGCCCUACCAUCAGGGCCGGUCACUAGUGCCCCAAUCCCAGAGAAAGAAUCCACCGCCAAUCCACCCCAUCCGCCACCAGCACCCAAAGCUAAACACAUGGUCCUGAAUGACUUCAGCCAAGAAGAAUUAGUUGAACAUCAAGAGAAGUUAGUCGACCAAUACAUGGAGAACUGCGCUGAUAGCUCUUGCGACGUUCCCUUGACUUUCAAAGCCGCAAUGCAAUCUCCUGAAGCAGCCCAAUGGAAGCUGGCGGUAAACACCAAACUAGACAAUCUGAAACGCAAGAAGGUCUGGGUCGUUUGGAAACUACCAUUGAAGCGGAGAAAACUAGGAGCACGGUGGGUUUUUGCAAAGAAGACCAACCCUGAUGGAUCCAUCAAAUACAAGGCACGGUAUGUCGCAAAAGGAUUCAAUCAAAAAGAAGGCACCGAAUUCGCGCAUACCUUUGCACCAACGGCCACCUUCACUUUGAUGAGAAUUCUUCUGACUAUUGCAGCCAGGAACAACUGGCCAAUCUACAACUUCGACUUUGUUGCGGCGUAUCUAAACACGCCCAUCGACGAGGAAGUAUGGGUGCAAGCCCCUGAGGGACUUAACGUUAAUGUUGGCGAGGCCUGUCUCCUGAAGCGCGCACUUUACGGGACAAAGCAGGCGGCAAGGUGCUGGUGGAAACACCUCAGUGGUACGCUGGCUAGCCUUGGGUAUGUGUCAAGUUACUAUGACUCCAGCGUCUACACUCUCAGACGCAAAGAGGACAGAUCGAUCAUCUGGGUGCAUGUAGACGACGGGAUUGUCACAGGAUUGUCAGACGAGGCCCUGAAACUACUAGAAAAACAACUGAAAGGCGCUCUUGAAAUCAAGUGGAAUGAAGGACUCACUAGCAUGGUGGGAGUGAAAAUCUUUAGGAAUCAAGACAGUUUUGAUUUGACGCAACCGCUCUUGAUUGACAAGAUUCUCAGAGAACGUUGGGACGGUGUGACCUUACACUCUACACCUCUGCCUGAAGGCUACACUGCCAACACGGACACUACCGAGGCGGGCAUCAAUAGCACCAAUUUCCUUUCCACUAUAGGGAGUCUCAGUUAUGUUGCGGUUGGAACCCGGCCCAAUAUUGCGUACAGCGUAAAAUAUCUAGCCCAAUUCUCCAGCAGACCCUCAGCGCUCCACUGGAAAGGACUGCGACACCUACUAGGAUACCUGGCUGAGACAAAAGUGACACCGCUCAGAAUAAGGCCAGACCGUUCGGAUGGUCACCCGGUUGAAUGCUUUGUAUAUGCAAAUUGGGGUGAAACAAACUCUAGUUCUACAUACGGGGUUAUAAUUCAACUCUACGGUUCACCAAUCAUGUGGGUCUCUAGGCGUCUAGUCACAGUAGCAAGCUCAACCUGCCAAGCUGAAUACAUGGUGCUGGGCCAUGCCACGAGACACGCGCUGUGGAUGCGGAAUCUUCUGUCGGAUAUUGUGGGAGUGAAUUUCCCAGUGAUGAUACUUUGCGACAACCAGUCCGCUGUCAAAAUCGGAUGUGAAGACGCCUUGAACAAAAGAACGCACCACAUUGAACGGGAGUUUUACAUUACAAAUCAGGCUUUGUAUGAGAAGAAAACAAGCAUCAAGUGGAUUCCAGGGAAGGAACAGAUUGCGGAUGUUCUCACAAAGGCGCUGGGAAAGUCGGCACAUCAAAAAUGCAGGACAAUCAUUCAAGGGCUUAUAACUUAG